AUAACUUGGCAUACCAACAACAAACAUACUCUUCUAAGACACCAUUCUUUAUAGCUUUGGUGCAUUAUGGCUAUAAACACUCAAGACUCAACUUGUCUCCCUCUACAAGAAAAAAUAGUCCAUAACAAUAAGACAGCCCGAGCCAUAGAGCUCAUAAUUCUUUCUUUUCUGGUCUCCUUGCUUGUUUAUCGGCUCUUUACUUUCAAAGACCAAAACCAAUAUAUCCCAUGGUUGCUCGCUUUACUGUGUGAGUCGUGGUUCACUUUCACAUGGAUUCUUAGUAUGUGCAUUAAAUGGAAUCAAUGUUCUAUGAAAACAUACCCCGAUCGGCUCUUGAAAAGGGUAAACGAGUUUGAGUUUCUGCCGGUAGAUAUCUUCGUCACCACUGCGGAUCCCAUCCUAGAACCAUGUAUUCUAACAAUGAACACUGUAUUAUCCUUGUUGGCAGUAGAUUAUCCGGCAAACAAGUUAGCUCUUUAUCUUUCUGAUGAUUCGUGCUCACCACUUAUAUACUAUUCACUUGUUGAGACUACCAAGUUUGCAAAACUUUGGGUACCCUUUUGCAAAAAGUAUAAUAUCCAAGUUAGAGCCCCGUUUCGAUACUUCACUUCCAACUCCACUUUGUUAGAAGACGACUCUUUGGAGUUCCAACAUGAAUGGAAAAAGAUAAAGAACGAAUAUGAUGAUCUUUACAAGAAGAUAGAGGUUGCCGCUCAGAGUCCAUUCACAUGUGAUGAUCGUAAUUCGGAUUUUGCUGUUUUCUGUGAUGUUCACCGGUCAGACCAUCAAGCCAUCAUCAAGGUUAUAUCGGAGAAUACAGACCUACCACAUGUAAUAUACAUAUCAAGAGAGAAAAAUCUCAAACAUCAUCAUCACUACAAAGCUGGAGCUAUGAAUGCCUUGGCUAGAGUGUCAGCAAUAAUGACAAGUGCACCCCUGAUGCUGAAUGUAGAUUGUGAUAUGUAUGCAAACAAUCCACAAGUUUUUCUUCAUGCAAUGUGUAUUGUAUUUGGCUACAAGAAUGAUCAAGAUUGUGGUUUUAUUCAAUUCCCUCAAGCUUUCUAUGAUGGAUUGAAGGACGACCCGUUUGGGAAUCAGCUCGCUAAUUAUUAUUAUCUUACAAAUGGAAUAGCAGCAAUUCAAGGGCCUUUCUAUAGUGGAACAAAUUGCAUUCAUAGAAGAAAGGUUAUCUAUGGUUUAUCUCCAAAUGAUAAGAUAAAUUCUGGAAAUAUAAGAAAUGAAGAUUCACAGAAAGUCUUUGGAAAAUCAUUUGAGUUAAGAGAAUCAGCUGCCUUGAUAUUAUCAGGAUCAAUUGCAAAAAUAGAAAAUCGAACGACACGUCCCUCUAGUUUAAUUGAGCCAGCAAUCCAUGUUGCAAGCUGUAGCUACGAGUAUGGUACAGAUUGGGGUAAAAAGGUUGGUUGGCUUUAUGGAUCUACAACAGAAGAUACGCUUACAGGAGUCAGCAUCCAUGCUAGAGGAUGGAAGUCCAUCAUGUGCUCACCAGACCCGCUUGCUUUUCUUGGUUGUGUACCAUCAACAUACCCAAGUUCACUGACCCAACAAAAAAGAUGGGCCAUCGGGCUUCUUGAGAUCUUAUUCACGGAUAAAAACCCGUUACUUCUUACUCUAAAAGGAAACCUUUGGUUUCGUCAUGCCCUUGCUUACUAUUGGAUAUGUUUAUGGGGAGCCCGGUCUAUUCCUGAGAUAUGUUAUGCAUCUCUUCCUGCAUAUUGUAUCAUCACGGGCUCACACUUCUUGCCUAAUGCCAAUGAAUGGGCUUUUAUUAUCCCCGUGAGCAUUUUCGCCAUAUACAAUGUCUAUGUUUUGUGGGAGGCUACACGUCGAGGCGUGUCACUACGUACAUGGUGGAAUUUACAGAGAAUGGGGAGAGUGACUACUAUGACAGCAUGGUUAUUUGGGUUUUUAAGUGUGAUGCUAAAGCUCAUGGGUUUAUCAAAAACCGUCUUUGAAGUAACACAAAAGGAACACAAGUCGAAUUAUGGUGAUGGUGUCGGUGACAAAGAUGAUAAAAACGCUGGUAAGUUUACUUAUGAUAAGUCACCUGUGAUCAUGCCAGGUGUUGUCAUUCUAUUGGUUAACAUGACUGCGUUGGUCAAUGGGGUGCUAAGAUUAUCAAAGGUGCACUAUAGUGAAAUUUGGAUAAAGAUGUUAGAGUUAGGGUUAGGAGAGAUGUUUUGUAGUGUUUGGGUGUUCCUAUGCUUUUGGGAAUUCUUGAAAGGGUUCUUCAGGAAGGGGAAAUAUGGGAUUCCAUCCACAACGAUUUCGAAAUCCGGAUGUUUGGCUUUGUUCUUUGUGCACUUAUGUAGAAGAUUUGUCCAACCAUCUUAAAUGAUUUGAUUUUGUGCACUUAUGUAGAAGAUUUGUCCAACCAUCUUAAAUGAUUUGAUUCAUGAUGCAUGUAUGUAGAGAUAUUUUAUUUCUUGGACAGAAAUAUAACGUUGUUACUAUAAA